GGCCGCCGCCGGCGGGAUGGUGUCGGCGCCUCCGGCGUGAGGCGGUCCCGGUGGCCCUGAGUCCUUCCCCCCCUCCCCCCCGGGCUCAGUCGGGCCCGGCCCCCGGGGGGAGGAUGGGGCCGCAGCGGAACCCGGGCAGCAGCAGCAGGGCCCCGGCCUCACCAUGACCGGCGAGAAGAAGAAAAAGAAGCGGCUCAACCGCAGCGUCCUGCUGGCCAAGAAAAUCAUCAUCCGGGACGGAGCCAGCCGACAGGGGAUUGGAGAGCCCAGUGUGUACCAUGCGGUGGUGGUGAUUUUCCUGGAGUUUUUUGCCUGGGGGUUACUCACCACCCCUAUGUUAACGGUGUUACACCGGACUUUUCCUCAGCACACAUUCUUGAUGAAUGGCCUGAUCCAUGGGGUCAAGGGUCUGCUGUCCUUUCUAAGUGCCCCACUGAUCGGUGCUCUCUCUGAUGUCUGGGGCAGGAAAUCCUUCCUUCUCCUCACUGUGUUCUUCACAUGCGCUCCAAUACCUCUCAUGAAGAUCAGCCCAUGGUGGUAUUUUGCUGUCAUUUCCAUGUCUGGCGUCUUUGCUGUCACCUUCUCUGUGAUUUUUGCCUACGUUGCUGAUAUCACCCAAGAACAUGAACGCAGUACAGCUUAUGGCUUGGUGUCAGCCACUUUUGCAGCCAGCCUGGUAACAAGUCCGGCGAUUGGCGCAUACCUGUCCCAAGCCUAUGGUGAUACGCUGGUGGUGGUGCUGGCUUCAGGGGUUGCUCUACUGGAUAUUGGCUUCAUUCUGCUGGCUGUGCCAGAAUCUCUGCCGGAGGAGAUGCGCCCUGUGUCCUGGGGAGCUCCCAUCUCUUGGGAACAGGCAGAUCCAUUUGCUUCUCUCCGCAAAGUGGGCCAGGAUUCUACUGUGCUUCUCAUCUGCAUUACUGUCUUUCUCUCCUACCUUCCUGAAGCCGGCCAGUACUCCAGCUUCUUUUUGUACCUACGACAGGUCAUUGGAUUUUCCUCAGAGACUGUGGCAGCCUUUAUUGGUGUGGUUGGAAUCCUCUCCAUAUUGGCUCAGACAGUUGUGUUGGGGAUUCUCAUGCGUUCAAUAGGAAACAAAAAUACAAUCCUCUUGGGCUUAGGCUUCCAGAUUCUACAGCUUGCCUGGUACGGCUUUGGAUCGCAACCUUGGAUGAUGUGGGCAGCGGGUGCUGUGGCUGCCAUGUCCAGUAUCACUUUCCCAGCCAUCAGUGCCAUGGUGUCCAGGAACGCAGACCCCGACCAGCAGGGUGUGGUUCAGGGGAUGAUCACUGGAAUUCGGGGGCUCUGUAAUGGGCUGGGGCCAGCUCUCUAUGGCUUUGUCUUCUACCUGUUCCAUGUGGAAUUGAAUGAAAUGGCUGAAGUGGAAACCCUGGGUAAGGCCACGAAGGUCAUGGUCAACCCUACUGAUGAGAGUAGCAUUAUCCCGGGGCCCCCUUUCCUCUUUGGAGCAUGCUCGGUCCUGCUGUCGCUCCUAGUGGCCUUGUUCAUUCCAGAACACAAUCUUGCGUUGAGAUCGGGCAGCCAUAAGAAACACAGCAAUGGAGCCCAGACCCACACCCACAGCCCACAGGCUGGAGGAUCAGAUGGCAAGGAGCCCCUGCUGGAGGACAGUAGUGUAUGAGGGGAGAACUUGAAUCUCUUGCUUAUCAACUCCAAGCCAAGGAUGGACUGUACCAACUGGAGUUGGGGUGAGAGUGGGGGGAGGUAAUGGACUGUACCACUAACAACUAAUGAGGGAGGGAAAAACUGUCCUUCAGAGCCAAAUACAUCCAGCUGGUGCAAAAAAUGAGAUCGUACCAUCUGGUGCUGAAGGAAGAAGUUCGACUGCACCAUGUGAAGGGAUAGUUCUUACAAAAGCAGGUUUUCCUUAUGUGAAUGGUGAACUUCACAGUGUCGCCUGCCAUAUAUUCACCUUGCCAAUGAACGUGAGGAGCCAGAAUUCUAUCCCUGCUCUUUAAUCUAAACUAAAUGAUCUGACAGCAAGAGAAAACCAAGGCAUCAGUUACUUGUCCUUUUCCCCCAAUGUAAACAGUACUAGCCUCUGGCCCAUCUCUGCUUGAUGGGCUAACCUACUUCAGGCUGAGGACUGCAGGAGCAUAGAAGUCACAGUCCAAGCCUGUAUACUCAGCUCCUGCUGAGAGUACAAGAUGGGCUGAUACACUAAAUACAGAGCAAUGUAUGUGUAGAAGAGACCAGUCAGUCUCCAGCUGAGUAGAUCCUUACUUCUUGAGGAUCUGAUGAAUCUGCCUAUUCCAGCCCAUGUGAUAAAUUCAGACCAAAAACAACUAUAUUUCAAUAAUGUUCUGGAAGAGGUGACGAAAGGUAGGAAGUAAAGGUUCAGCUGUCGCUGUCCUUAGCUCACAUGGGAGUGAGUGACUGGGUGAUGAAAAGCCAGUCGUGAGUUAUGAAUUUCUUGUUUUGGAACAACUACUCUUACUUAAAUGUAGUGUUUUGUCUGCGCUUCCCUCUUCUAGAAGAGGGAUUGAGAGGCUCAAAAUCUUUCAUGGAACUGGAACAUUAGAAAACAUGCUUCUCUGAGAGAGUUCAAAGAAAUGGCUUAAUCCAUGUUACGCACUUUUAUAAAGCAUAUUUCUUCCCCCAAACUGCUGCUAUCUGAUAUAAGAAGCACCUGAUGAUGGCUGUCUGGGAGUUACAACUCAGAUGGCGCUGCAGCCAUUCUGCUCAGUCCAUCAGCCUGAAAGGCUGCAGCCCAAAAUUUGCAUUAUAACUGAAUAUAUAGAUUUGAAUCCAACAUGGCAUUUCUGAACCUCCUGCAGGGCACAGCCAUCUUGCUGAAAAAUGAUGUCUUAGUGACCUCAGCUGUUGGGUUGAGCUCAGAGCAGCAGAGUCAAGCAAAGCCUCAAAACCUGAUGUGGGAAAAGUUAAGAGAAAUGUGCAUGUUUGGUGUGUCAGGGAUGCUUAGCUAUUUACAAAUACAUAAAGGGGCAUUCAGAGAGGAGAGAAAUCAAUUAUUCUUAUCAGUCUGCGAAAUCCGAAUCCGAAGUAAUGGGCUUGAGCAGUUACAGGGAAAACAUAAGUCAAAUAUUAGGAGAAACUGUAAGCCAAUUGACACACAAGCAAUAGAACUAGUUAAGGAGCUGUGGAUUCAUCCACUGGAAAUAGUCAAGGCUUGGACUAGAACAGAUGCGAUGCAGUAGCUCUCUCGUUAUUGGGAAAGUCUUCUGUCUUGUGGUUUGGGUCAGUUACCUACCACAGAUCUGUGCCAGCAGGAAUCUUAGCCUCUCAAUUCAUUGGGAACAGGAAAUCGCAGCUAACCUGACUAAACACAGCUGCGGAGAUCAGCUCCUAGAAUGUUGCUGUCACAAAUACCCACUUGCAGCAAGGCUCAGAAAUGCCAUUGACUUCUCAAUGAUUUUAGAGCUGGUGAGAGAUGCCAGGUGGAGAGCCCUGGCGACUGAAGUCCUCUAACCUCACAACAGGUACGAUACAGGGACCGGCACUGCAAGCUUCCCCAUCCCUCACUCCUGAGGGACUGCUUCAGGGCUCAUUCAGUUUAUGGCCUCUUGUGAGGCUACCAAUGUGGGACCAGUUAAUGUCAAUGGUGUCAGCAGUUUUGGGAUGUGGACAGCCGUCCAGUAGGAAGUGGACUGAGAGAUACAAAAUGAAUUUCAUGUAGGCUAUUGAAUAGCUGUUGGGUAGUAACAGCUCACUGUUCCCCUAGACAGGGUUUGAGCUAAUGACUUAGUAUCCAUUCACCCAGUUCCCUGAGUCAGCCAGUUAUAAGAAACAAUAUUAAUUAAAACAAAUAUAAUUCACAAUUUAGAAACCAUCUUUAUCACCAAAGGGCCCCAAUCCUGUAGUUGGAUCCAUCGUCUUAUGCCUCUGCAAAGGCCGGGGAGCAGUAUGUGAGUGCAAGUUUGCCUGCGUGGAUCCGAUUGCAGGGUUAGGAAUAAGCUAGCAGAAAGCUUCACUGAACACAAUAGCUCCAGUUUUCUCAAGGCUUGUCCUUGUUCAUUAUCAGGAACAUCUGGUACUGUCCAUGCACAGCAAAACCAGAUCCGAAAGGAAAUCACCAGGUUUAAAUUCCUUUUCCCCUGUCCAAAAAUCCUUGCUCUGUGGAAUACUACAGCUAUAGGGUUUUGUUUGUUUUUAAAAAGCCAUUUUGUGAGUACAAAGUAAAACUGCCAAUUCAUACUCUUACGUUUUGUAUUAAAAUUGGCUGAUGUGCUUUUCUCCCUCUCCUCCCUGAAAUUAAAUGAAAGUAAUAAAUACAAUUACCCUGGUCACACUGAGGCAAUCAGAACUGCAAGGUAAAAUAUAACUGAUGAAACACCACAAAAUAGACUGUAAACUUAAUAUAUAAUAUAUUAUAAAUUCUAUAUAUUUUUUAAAAAAAAUCCUUCCCUUUAUUUAAUACCUUAGCUUAUUAAAACUGACAUGUUCUGAAUCUAAUUUCCUUUUCACCGUUGAUGCUGCCUGUGGCUUUUUAUUGGUCCUUCACUCUGCAUGGAUAGGGAAACUAGUCUGGUUAGUUUCACUUGGGCCUUAGUAACACAUUGUGGUGAUGUUUUGAGUUUCCAGCACUGCAGCAAAGCACUUAAAUUCCUCCAGAAACUGUUUUGACAAACAAUUUUUGUAAUAGAUCCUGUAACACCACAUAACGCUAAACCUUGGGCCCAAAUGACAUGUUACUCGAAGUAAAAUAACUAAACUAUAUUUCUUGGCUAAGGCUGUCUGUUUACAAGCAAAUUCUUGAAGAAACUAGUUUCUAAGGCUUGAUCCACACUUGAAAGCCUUACCAGUGUAAUUAUUGUCAUGAAGGGUGUGACUUUUUUUAUGUAUGCAGUUAUACCAGUGAAAGCCCUAGUGUGGAUGCAGCUAUACUAGUAUAAAAGUGCUGUACCAGUAUAAUUAUUUCCCUUUUUGUACAGGAAAAACUACUUUAGUAUAGUUAAAUCGGGUCUUGUCUACACUAGAAAAUUGUACUAAGUGGCAGUACUGCUGAAUUAUUCACGCUGGAAGCUUGAAUGCACCUUAAUGGCAGGGAUGUUUGCAUUCCAUGGGAGAUUCCACUAAUUAUCAAUAGUGAAGCAGACAGAGAAAUUUGUUUGCAAAUCCUUGAAAUUACACCUACCUUCUCAGGAAACUGGGGAGGGUCUUCUAACCCCACCCACAGACUCGUUCCCCCUGUAUGAUCCACCAUUCUGCCUUUUGACUCAGAAGUAUUUGGCCAGGCUGUAAAGGAGCUAGAAUUAAAGGACCUGAAUGAAGAAUCUCGUUAUUCUGAAGGGCCGAUAAUUCUGUCGCACGCCCCGUAGAAACUGGAAAAAUCUGUACAGAACAUUCAACGAGUGUUGUUGGUUUUUGUUACUUUAUAUGAAAAGCUGCAUAUUUUUUAAAGUACCUUUUUAAAAAACCCCUGCAGCAUGAUGCCAGACCCUAGCCGUCCAACAUCAAUAUUAUUUCCCAAGUUUGUUGUCAUAAAACACAGAUGAGUAACUGCGAUGAAACUCAAUUGUGGCUGAAAGCCUUUCUCUUCAGUGCCCCCUGCUGGUUGAGGUAAAGAUGGCCUUUCCUCUGCUGCUCCAGCACUGAUGCAGGAGUUCAAGGUUAAAACCUGAUCUUGUUGGAUUAAAAAUGCAUUAAAACCAGUACUUUCUCACUCUGCUUUAGUUUUGCAAAUUAGAAACAAUUCAGUGAAAAAUUCCUGUUUGGUUUGGUCUUUCUCUGCACCUGGGUGGCUGCAAGUGCUCAUUGACCGGUGCAGGCAUGUGGAAAGGCUGCAAGUUUUUAUGGAGAAUGGCAGCACUUCCCCUCUUUUUAAAUUAAUGGAGUUUGCUCUUUGUGACGUUGAUUUGUGUUCUUAGCUUAUGAUGAACUGUAUUUUGUUUAUUUCAAUUGUUUAGAACUGGCUAAUCUCUCCCACUGAUGGGUUAUUUAUUAAACUGCUACUUUCCUGUUGCAGUAAAAUCCUCUUUGCGAUCUCACUCUUCUCCUAAACCAUGUGAAACAAGAUGGCCUUUAAAAAUCUGUGCCUGUGA